CCCAGUUGCCAUGGAGAUAACUGGACACACACUGGUUGGCAAGCAGCAGGCAGCAGGCGGCAGGCAGCAGGUGGCAUGUCCUCUAAAGUUCAGUCCAAAGGCCCCAGAGCCAAGGAGCAGCAACAAGCCUCAGCCCCGGAGAGUCUGCCACCCCCAAAGGCCAAUGCGAAAGCCAUUCACUUCCUCGCCUCCCUCAGGGAGGAGGAGCUGCAGAAGCUGUUCUUCUCGGAGACGCUGGCCAUGGUCUCGAACACGGGGGAGCCUCAGGGAGAGCUGACCAUUGAAGUGAAGAGAGGGAAGUACGAAGGCAGCUUCAGCGCCCUGUCUCACUGCCCCCUCGUGCACGCCGUGAGCCGCGGCUUCAUCGACAAAGUGCUCUGCGGAAACUCCCUCCUGGGCUAUCUUUCGUGGAACUUGGAGACCCUGGAACAACAUAGUCAGGAGUUCAUCAAGUUCCACGUCCUCCCCAUGGAAAGGAAGAUGAGUUUGCUGAAGCAGGAGGACCAGCUGGCCAUGACCAGAAGUGUCAAGGAGGGUGAGGAGAUGAAGACUGAAGUGACAUUUUUCCCCUGGCACUCAACUGCGGGCUUCAUUUCCGAGGCUGCCAACCUGCUGUUGCUGAGGGUGAUGGGCUGGAGGCGGACGGUGCCCAGCAACGCCCGCUUCCUGGCCUUGGACUCGGAGGGCAAACUCUGCUCUUCCACUUACGAAGCUCUGGGCUCCCAGACCAUCCAGGUGGAGGGUCAGCAGGUGGAAGUGUUCAUCGUGGAGCAGGCUGUGCAUUCGGAUGAGGGCAUCCCCAUGUCCUGCCAGUACUACAUGCUGUCCGACGGGCACCUGGCCAAGAGAGUCCAGGUGGGCGCCUCCGGCUACUGUGUGGUCACCAAGAUGCCCAUCUUGAGGGAGGAGGAUGAGAUUGAGCCUCGCCCAGUGUUGGAGAAGACGCCCCUGCCGUGGGAGGAGGACUUGGAGCUCUACUCGAGGUUCCUGGAAAGGAAGGAGCAGCUGCGGCUCGGCCACACCAGGUACCUGCAGCAGCACCCGGACGCCGAAGCGCUCGUCUCCGACUUCCUGCUCUUCCUGCUACUGCGCCAGCCGGACGACGUGGUCACCUUCGCUGCCGAGUUCUUCGGCCCCUUCGCGGCGCGCUACCCGCGCACCUCCCCCUUGCGCUCCUCCAACCGGCCCAGCCCCUUCCGCUCGCUGGACCCCUGGCUCUACUAGGUCGCAGCGCGGCUGGCCGGGGCCCGCAGGGGCCGGUGGACUGGAAGCCCCGGCUCCUGGCCGCAGCGUGGGCAGUGCGCACCCCGGAGACCUGCUCUACCGCCUGCGGCUUUGACAGAAAUGAACGGGGCCUACUGCCUGUGUGACCCGGCACCUUCCGUGGCCGGUCUUGUGUCUUGGCUAAGAAUAGGAACCAUUCACAUCGUUUAUCGAGCGAAUUUCAGCCUUUCUUCCUAAAUGCUGUUUUCAUCAUUAUCCUCCCUUUACAGAGAAGGGAUUAGAGCCACAGAGAAGUUAAGUAACUCUUAUUAGAGUGAACACGUGGGAAGCAGGAUUCAGACCCCGAGGUUCAAUUCCGAAACCCACGCUCCUCUUCAUUAGUUUAGCAGGCGUGGAGGGGCGGGGCUUCUUGGCCCUCAGAGUCAUUCUGGACACUGCUUAGCUAACUGCCCACUAAUGACCCCGCCCGAGGAAACAGCAGAUGAUGUGGGCCGUGGGCGGAGGGGUGGGAAGGGAUCUGGACCACCACUGGCCUUGCUCAUCUCCGAAGCCUCCCGACCACCCGAGACCUGCUUCCCUUCUCACAGACACACGGGAACCCCCAAACUGCACGCCCGCAGUCCCCAUUCACCAGCUCCCGGAUAAGACUGGAUGGACAGGUGAUCAUGUUGAAUGUCGGUCCAUCCAGGGGUUUGUUUCUGUCCAGGGCUGGUGCCGCUCAGUAACAAGUCUUAGGCACGCUCCCCCAAGGCGGCGGACACAGGGGACGCCCCCCAUCACUUCCUUCAUGGAACCUUUUCUUGCAGGAGGAGGGACUCAGAGGGGUUUGCAUUCUAGCGAACAAGACAAGCCAGUGUCUACAAGGCUGGGGGUGGCGGGCUAGUAGUGCCUGACCCAGGAAUCCGGGAAGGAAGGCUUCAUGGAGAACUGAACUGUCACCUGAGCCUUAAAGAAAGUUUAAUAAUGUAUUUUAUUGUCCCCUACCCCUAUUAUGGAAGAAAUACAUGUUCAUUAGAGAAAACUUAGAAAAGCAUCAUAAACCAAGAGAAGAAAGUAAAUUCACCUCAAUUCUUCUGCCUAGAGCUCUCUGUUUUCUAGUGUAG